AUGUUCGCCGUUGUUCUAACAUUUUUCCUUCUGCCUCUGGCAUUUGCAGCCAAUGCGGAUAUCGAAGAAUGUGUUAAACUUGUUGGAAAUGCUCAAAAUAUUCUUAGGAGACGACCAACUGUGGAUUGUGGUUCAGAGGAUCCAGUUUGUCCAUCAAUAUUUGUUUACGACAAUAAUGAUGAAGAUCUAGCAAACAAUUUUAAUGUGAUUUCCCAGAAAAAAUAUGCCCAAAAACCUCUGCGAUGUGUUGUAAAUCGAAGGAAUUUAACUUUCACGAUGAUCAGCAGUUUUCUUUUAUUUUUAACUUCAAAGAGAGCGAAUCAUGGAAGUUGGAAUUGUUUCCUUCCAGUCAGCCCCGAUGUAUGCCAAAAAAUGGGUCGAAAUAUUUGUAUAACUUCACCUAGUAUCGCUUUAUCGAUAUGCCCAUUUACAUGUGGUCUUUGCAAUAGACCAGGUGCUAGCUGA